CCGGGUCAGCGGCGUGCGCAGCGCCGCGUCCCGCCCCGGUCCCGGGCCUCCGCCGCGCCGGCUGGGGCUGCCGGACCGGGCCCAGGUAGGCGGCGGCUGGGCGGGGCAGGGGGCCGGUCCCCCACGGCAGCCAGGCUGGAGGCUCACCGGGGGGGCGCGGCUAGCGCAGGACGCCCGGGUUCUGCUCCCCAGCUCGGCCCCUGGCCCGCGGGGCGACUCGCGGGUCCUUUCCCCGCUCCGUGCCUCAGUUUCCCCCUCUGCGCAAGCGGGCAAAGGAGCCCCGCCGCCCUUUGUAAAGCAAAGCGCUAGGGCGCUCGGACAUUAGAGGCGGGUCCAAUGUAUUUUGCUGAGAUCCAGUGGGCUCUGCUGGACCCUGCUCCGAGGCCCGUCUACAGGGACAUGGUUCCAGAGAACUACGGGACGCUCCUCUCUCGGGAUAGCGUCAUGAUUAACCCAGCCCUCCAGCAGGGAGGCCCCGAGACAGCACAGCCCCACGGGACGUUACCGGGGAUGAGAUCCGAAGGGAAUGUUUACCAGGCCCCAGGCCACGCAGCCACCUGCCAGAGCCAGGCCAGGCCAGUGGGAAAGCCAUGGAGCAAAACAGCUGCCGACAUUGAGGGCCUGAAGAAACUCAAAGAGGGCAGUGCUGCCGUGCAGCGGGUCCAGGGUCUGCAUCUCCCCCAGCCCGGGGGGAGCCAGACUGUGUGCACCCAAUGCGGGGGCAGUUUCGGCCAAAGUGUGCGCCCUGCCCAGCUGCCACCCCAGCCACCCCAGCCGCGGGUCCCAGCAGCAGAGAGAUUCUACCAGUGCCCUGACUGCGGGAAGAGCUUCUCAGUCAGCUCGCACCUGACCAUCCACCGGCGGAUCCACACGGGGGAGAAGCCCUACCAGUGCGGUGAGUGCGGGAAGAGCUUCAGCCAAAGCUCCACCCUGGUGCUACACCGGCGCACCCACACCGGGGAGAAGCCCUACAAGUGCACCGAGUGUGGGCGGAGCUUCGCCGUCAGCUCCCACCUGGCCAAGCACCAGCGCACCCACACAGGGGAGAAGCCUUACCAGUGCCACCACUGCGGGAAGCGGUUCAGCCAGAGCUCCACCCUCAACCUCCACCAGCGGACCCACACAGGGGAGCGGCCGUACCGCUGCACCGAGUGUGGCCGGGGCUUCUCGGUCAGCUCCCACCUGACCAUUCACCGACGGAUCCACACAGGGGAAAAGCCCUACCGGUGCGGCGAGUGCGGCAAGAGCUUCCGGCAGCGAUCAGGCCUCAUCACCCACCAGAGAAGCCAUGCAGGGGAUGAGCCCUACAAGUGCAUGGAGUGUGGCAAGGGUUUCAGCCAGAGCUCCCACCUGAUGCGCCACCUGGGCACCCACACAGGGGAGAAGCCCUACAAGUGCGGGGCCUGCGCCAAGAGCUUCACCCAGAACUCCAACCUGCUGCAGCACCAGCGCAUGCACACAGGCGAGAAGCCCUAUCACUGCCCACAGUGCGGCAAACGCUUCUCCUGGAGCUCCAACCUCAUCCAGCACCAGCGCCUCCAUACCGGCCAGAAGCCCUUCCAGUGCGCCCAGUGCGGCAAGCGCUUCUGCGAGAGCUCCCGCCUGCUGGAGCACCAGCGCAUCCACACCGGCGAGAAGCCCUACCGCUGCCCGCAGUGCGCCAAGAGCUUCAGCCGCAGCUCCCACCUCAUCCGCCACCAGCGCAUCCACACCGGCGAGCGCCCCUACAAGUGCACCCAGUGCGGGAAAAGCUUCAGCCAGAGCUCGGCGCUCAUCCUACACCACAGGACCCACGCAGCCAACCCGCUAUGAGCAGCCUGCCAGGGGAGGGGCGGGGGGGAGGGUUUUGCACACUGCUCAUGCCUUAUUAGAGACCCAUGCUUGGAGUAAGGACAUGCCGGGCACGUGGGCAAAGGGUUCCCGUUGGAGUGCAGUGCUUGUUCUGCCUUGGACACAGGUGAGCUCAGGGCUUAUUAUACCUGGGAGAAUCUACAGGGGACACGUGGACAAAGGUCUUCUGUGGGAGGUCAGUGCUUAUUAGAUCUUGGAGGAUCCAUAUGGGAUGGUGACCACGGAGACGGGGGAGCUCAGCGCUUGUGACGCCUCGGAGGGUCCACGUGGGAUGGUGACCGAGGACACGGGGGAGCUCAGCGCUUAUAACACCUUGGAGAGUCCCUGGGGGACAGGGGAGGGGAAAGAGAUUCUCUGUCCACCUGGGGGAAAGAUUCCUUUUGAAUUCACAACAUAUUGCACGUGUCCCAGCAAAAAGAAACCUGGAGCAAGGAGUUUAAUCAUAGUGGACAUGUCCUCUGUGGAUCUGUGUUGCGCUCGUUGGUACCUUAGCUGCCUACAGAGUGGAAACCACGGGAGAAAAGUGUAUGUGGGGGGAGAAGGAGGUGUGGUUACACCUGGCAGAGACUCCGCUCGGGGAGAAAUCACUAAA